UAUAGCUAUGGAGCUAUAGAGCUCCAUGGCUCCAUUGAGCCAUAGCUCCACAGAUCGGUGGCGCACUCGACAACAACAAUUACGGCGGCAACAUCGAGGGACGAUAAGGCUGGCAAAGUGUCAAAUGAAUUUGUCAGAUCGGAGGGGGUGACUCGGUCUCGAACCCGAACUCUCCGGACAUGUACAGCACUUGGGCCAUAAAAACAAAUUUAAUUGUUUGCCAAGGAGGAAGUGGUGGAGAGGGAGAGGGCUACGAAGGCGGAGGCGGAUCAGGGGCGUAGUUCCAUCGGAAGGCCAAGGAAAUCACGUGCGAUCCGCGUCCAUAUCACAGGUGCUUCCGUUCCCUUUUGGGGGGCGGAGACGGGACACAGAGUAAACCAGAAAGCAGCUCGCAGCGGAUGUGAGUAUUUGUUGUGAUUUUUGCACCUGUUGCACCUCGCCAGCAGUCAAGGAGCAAACAACAGAGUGCACUGCAAGAAACGGGGUCUUACAAAGAUAUUUAAGAUAUAUGAAGAGAACACAACGUUCUGUAGUGAUUACUCAUAAUAAUGAAUAUGUAUGAGUGUACUCCAAAAUCUAUCUACGUACCACUUAUUUGUCUCAGUGCAACACGAAUAACGACCGACGGGCGAUGCAUACAAAUACAAAACCACAAGCAACUUCCGCCGCCGCAGGAUCAGAGAACCCGAGAAUCGGAGAACUGGCGAACUCGAACCUGUUCCCAUUCCUUGGGAUGCAAGAUGCCACGCCAGCCAUUCGGUGCUCUGCGAUUUGCGAUUGGCGAUCCCGAUUCCGAUUCCGAUUCCCCGAAUGCUGCCAGCUUCCAGCAUGUCUGCAGUGCGAGUGCGAAUCUUGCACCGUCUAUGGAACUAUGCUCAUCUGCCAUCGCGUGUGUCUUCGGGCAUGGGUCCAUAUAGUAUGUACUGGCAUGCUGAUACUGAUACGGAUACUGAUAGCUUAUCACCGCCGCUUCCUUGACGUUAGAGCAGCUCCACUGGCAAUCGUAUCAGUGUUUCCCCUCCGGCAAUCCGAGAGAUGCGAGAUUCACCUUCAGCCAGUGACAAUGCGACUGGAACUCAAUCACUAGUCAGCCAGAUGGGGCAGAUGGCGGCAGAAAUGGAAAUAUAAACUAUUCUGUUUUUUUCUUUUUCUUUCAAAUGAAGAAAUAUAACAUCAAAAUAUUA